AUGGUAGGACCAGCGCCGGUCACCAGCGGAAAGCGUGCAAAGACAGGGUUGGGAACUCGUUGCUUUCGAGCAGGUGCCGCAUGGAUGUGCUCGUUUGCAUACGUCCUGGCACGAUAUCAGAAGAGCAGAACAGCAGAAGAGCAGGAGACAGAACCGAGUGCCAUACCAAAUAGUCACAUGGAGCUUCUGACCUUGAAGCUUGUCGGCCUGAGUUGGUUCCUCGCACCUCAACUCUCCCACUAUCUCGCUCCCACACGAUUUGCUGAGCAGCAACCGGCACCAACACGCAUUGCCAGCAGUCCUGUUUCGAUUGUCGUCCUGGAUACGGUGUAG